GUCGCCUUGUGUGCAUAUUUCGUGCAGUGGUCACUAGGGCGAUGUUUGUGUAUGUGUGUUGUUUGUUCGUGAAUGAUGUAUGCGGCGGAAUAUACCUGUAAUAUCGACCCACUCGGUGUUUAAAAUACAAUCUAGCACCAUCGACCGCCCACGCGCGGGUUGAACAUUAUUACAUAUUGUUUUUUUAUUGUUAACAUUAUUAUUAUUAUUAUUAUUAUUACCUAUAAAUUAAUAAAUUGUACAUGUUGUCGAUCUAGUUUUCCUGCGUACAGCGACCGUCAUUCACCGUCAACCGCUGCCGGCCGGAUGACGUCUGGCGACGAUCAGCUACGACCGAUCGGCUCGACGAGUUGUCCGCCGGCCACGAGACGCACACUCCAUUCGUCGUCGUCGGCCGUGAGGAAAGUCGACGACGGUGUCACCGUGUGGGGCGUAACUGUCCGGUCCAACUGUCAGAUCGCCUUGCCUGUCUUCGGCACACUGUUCCUGGUCGUCGGCAUAGUGCUCACAGUGAUAUCUUAUGGCUGGGUAACUGGAGGUGGCGAAGACGACACGAAACGCAAGUUCUACUCGACGUCUGACAAUGGACGAUUGUUGGGGCCUAUAUGUUUGGUCGUGUCGAUCUUAAUGUUUAUUGCGACAGCAGUGCUCCGGACAAUUAGCACAAAGGCCCGUUUUCGGCAAACUCGAGUCGGAUUCCACUGUCCCGUCCACGGUGAUUUCUUUCCAAUUAGUCCUGGGCCCGAUCCGAGGAAAUUUUCAUUUUCUACAGAAAACAUUGAUAAAGACCCGUGGACAUGCAACUGUUUGAAUCGAUCAAAAGCAGACUCGCAGGAAACAUUGGCCAUCGAAGACUUGCCCCCGCAAUGUCCGCACAACGGCGGGCACGGAAGUACCAGCAGGAGUCCGAGUCCUGUGUCUACUUGUCCGACGCCAAAACCAUUUUUGAUAUUCACUGAUUCCGCGCAUGGUGCUUGCAAGGAACUUUACAGCGGAAACACUUUAUUCCCGGAUGAACCGUUUGGGUCUAUUCGAUCUCUGUCGGUUCCCAAUGACAACCUGACUGUGGCGUGUUUUCCCGUCGAACGCUCACAUGAACAGUAUUUGAACGUGCCUGAAGAUGCUUGGUCCCACAAGAGAUUGAGUUGUCCGAGUCUGCCAUCGGCGGGAGAUGAAUUUCCACAGCCGGUUCACAAGCCUCUAACUCCACAGGUUGUAAAGGUGACACGCGAAAUUAAAUUCGUCACACCAGUAGACAAGAGCCCAUGAGUUUAUUAAUCAACCAUGUCAACCAUUCCUGUUGCUGUUCA